AUUUUUUUGGAGCAUCUCAGGAUCCCUUUAAAACUUCAGCGACUUGCCAGUGACUGUGUAUGCUGUGUCCAACUUGAGAUGGAACCUGCACUGGACUGGGCCACGUUUUCACAGCUUUUGUUUUCUUAGUAUCCAGAAUGAAGUUUCCCAAUCCCUAGCUGUGAGGCUCUAGCCAGGAAGCAGCCAAGCUUGGGCAGCCCGGCGGCUGCUGGGUUCCAAAGCUACCGUUGGAGCUGCGGUCCAGAGAAGCUGUUUCCGUCAGCCUCCCGGGCUCGCGGAGGCGGUGCUCAGGGACGUCCCUGACCCUGCGGUCCUUCCGCACUCACAGACCUGGCUGCGGGAGCCUUCCUGGGUUCCGGGGUUGCAGCAGGAAUUUGGGGAGGUAGGAUCUGGGGGACUGAGGUGUUGCAAAAGAGUUCAUGCAGCCAGGAACUCAGGCUGAUUGAAUCCAGUUAUAAGAAUGUAGUCCAUUUCCCAGCAAAGAGUGGGUGAGUGCCACUCUGAAUUGGGCUGGGCUUAAAAGCAAAUGAAAAGCCUUCAGACACCUGGAGAGGAAAUACCCGUCUUUGUGAGGAUAAAGUCCAAAUCAUCCUCUCUGUCCUGAUGUGCUGGAGCGGAUAGAGUUGCCCUUGAUGCAGAUCUUUUGAAUCAGUAGGGCGUCUGUGGGACAACACCUAGUACAUGAAGGUUGCUCUCCAGCCUUGUGAGAUAAUACAGAAACCAUGUGGAUCUGGGCACUGUGGAUAUUCCCUUUACUCUGCAAACUCAGCCUGACAGCUCUGCCAACUAAACCUGAGAACAUUUCAUGUGUCUUAUACAACUAUAAGACUUUAACUUGUACUUGGAGUCCAGAGAAGGAAACCAAUUUUACUCAGUACAUUGUUAAUGUAAUUUGUAAAUCCGGAAAAAGUUACACGUGUACAUCCAGUAGUUCUACAGGUGCUUCGUGCUCUUUUUUGGGUGAAAUUAUACCGCCUCCAAAUAAUUGUGACAUUGAGGUGGAAGCUCAAAAUGCCGAUGGGAUAAUUAAAUCUGACAUUACACACUGGCGCUUAAAUGACAUAGUGAAAACUAUACCACCUGAGAUUUUAAGUGUGAAGCCAGUUUUGGGCAUCAAAAAAAUGCUUCAGAUAAGGUGGAAAUCCCGUUUAUCAUCUAAUUUAAAGUAUAUACUUCGAUUCAAGACAGUCAAUAGUACUCACUGGGUGGAAGUCAACUUCAGUGAUGUCAAGAUCUACAACCUCACAGGGCUGCAGGCUUCUACUGAAUAUGUCAUUGCUUUGUGCUGUAAAACCUACUCGUCAAGAAUCUGGAGUGACUGGAGCCAGGAGAAGAGGGGAAUUACAGAGGAGGAAGUCCCACAUGUCCUGGAUCUGUGGCGCAUCUUGAGACCAGUUGCAGUGGAUGGAAGCAGGCCAGUGCGCUUGCUAUGGAAGAAGGCAAAAGGAGCCCCAGUGCUGGAGAAAACAUUUGGCUACAACAUAAAGUACUCUCCCGAAAACAACACUAAUGUCACAGAGAUAAGGACCACUAACCACACACUUGACCUGCAUUUUGGAGGCGAAACCUACCACGUGUCUGUGACUUCUUACAAUUCUCUUGGGAACUCUAUAGCAGCUACCCUGAGAAUUCCAGAUGUUCAUGAGAAGCCAUUUCCAUGCAUUAAGGCUGUGAAGGCCCGUCUGGAUGAGGACCAGCUGGUGGUGGAGUGGCCAUGUUCCUGUCUGGAGGUGGACACAUGGAUGGUUGAAUGGUUCCCAGACUUAGACUCAGAGCUCUCUGCCUUUUCCUGGGAACCUGUGUCUCAAGCCAAGAAGUGGACAAUCCCGCAAGAUAAAUUAACACCCCUCUCGUGCUAUAACAUCUCUGUGUAUCCAGUGUUACAAGGCCAAGUAGGAGAGCCAUGUUCCAUCCAGGCUUAUGCCAAAGAAGGCAUCCCAUCAAAAGGUCCUCUAACCAAGGUAGAAAACAUUGGUGUAAAGACAGUCACCGUCACGUGGGAAGAGAUUCCUAAGGAAAAGAGAAACGGUUUUAUUAGUAACUACACCAUAUUUUACCAAGCUGAAGGUGGACAAGAAUUCUCCAAGAUUGUCAACUCUAACAUCCUACAGUAUGACCUGGAGUCUCUCACACGGAAGACCUCUUACACUGUUCGGGUCAUGGCCAGCACCGUUGCUGGAGGGAUCAGAGGACCCAGGAUAAACUUCAAGACAUUGUCUAUGAGUCUCUUUGAGAUUCUCUCUAUGUCUUGUCUGGUUGGAGGAGGUUUUUUUAUGCUCAUCAUCUUCACUGUGGUCUCUGAUUUCAAAAAACAAAAUAGCAAGUUGGCUCACCUAUGUUGGCCUGAUGUCCCCAACCCUGCUGAAAGUAGUAUAGCCACAUGGCUCGGAGCAGAUUUCAAGGGUAAAGUACAUCUGAAGGAGUUUGAUGACUCGGUAAACACAGAAGACAAAACCCUAAAACCAUGCUCCGCACCUAGUGACCUCAUUGACAAGUUGGUGGUGAAUUUUGGGAAUUUUCUGGAAGAGGCUUCCAUAGAGGAAGCUGGAAGAAGUCAGGAAAACAUUUUGGGUGUAGAAAAGAAUGAGUAUGUGACUGCUCCUUACAGAUCUAACUUUCCCCCAGGGAAGAAUUUUGAGGGGCCCCUGGUUCUCACUGAGAUUCCUUCCAGAAAAUCUCAACACCUAUAUUUGGGAAUGGCAGAAGAGUUCUCAGAAACCAGAGAGGAGCUUCCCUCUUCUGGCCAAAGUUCAGGAACAGACCAUCUCUGUGGGGACAGAGCACCAAAUCCAUAUUUGAAAAAUUCAGUGACAACCAGAGAGUUUCUCACACUUGAAAAACUUCCCUAUCAUACUAAGAAAGAAGUCUAAACGCCACCAUGGUACAGACGUGUGGAACUUCAGCGUGGAUGACUCUUCGCUAGAAACAAUACCAAGUCCUAGCAAGCAGUGCUUCUUCAUCCCUUCCCCACUCUGCCUGAGUUAAAGAAUGUCUCCCCUGCCCUGAGCACCUUGUUGAGCCUGCCUUUCACACACAGAAACUUGUGCUAGAAAGAAGGGACAUUUAGCCUGAGUGCUUUGUGAGGGAAAAGCCAUUUCUUUUCUUUCCUUCAGAUAAUAAGCUCUUGCUGAGGUUUCCUAACACACUGACUUUGAAGGAAGGAUCUAGGUUCUGAGCUCAAAGUACCACUGACAUAUCUGGCCUUCCCCAGGAAUGGAGUGAUGGUCACAGCCUUUGCCGGGGACACCCUCAGAGUUCCAGGAGGGACUGUGCCAGAGGACAGUUCUUUGGUUGGUACCUGGUGGUCUGGUGAGAACCUCAGCUUUCCCUCUACCCCUAAGUGGCCAUGAAAUCUUAUUCUCAUCAGCAGAGGGGUCAGAAAGUACAGCAGACUUUCUGAAAGGUGUGCCUGAGGCUCCUCAUUGCCUUUGCUAAAUCUCGAGUCUGUGGCAACACCCCAGGGUGUUUUGUUUUUUCAGUGCCUCAGAUGGAACCAGGGUGUCAUGCAUUUAGGUAGGAGCUCUACCACUGAGCUACACUUCCGGCCCUUUACCCCUAGUUUGAAGGGCAUUGACUGCUACUAAGCUAAGGAAUGAGAGGUCUCAGUAGUGCACUGGGAGUGGACUCCAGGCUGGGCAACAGGUCUGCCCCAUCUGCAGGCCAUUUCCCAGCUCUUGCUGCCCUUGUGCAGGGGGUAGAAAGGCAGUAGACCAGGAAGUGGCUUUUAUAUGGCCCCUGACCCUUCAAACUGUCCCACAGCCCAGAAAUGCUUACUGAAUGCACCCUCAAAAGGGCCCUUCUCAGCAGCUGAGCAGGAGCCGGGAAGGGGCAAUGCUCUGCAACUUUGCUGCCUCCUCACAAGGACUUCUGCUUCUUUGCUCCAGCAGAGCAGAGCUUGGAAUAGAGAACCUUUGGGAAAAGUGCUGGUUGCAGGAUUCACUUGCCGAGGUCCUGGCUCCUACCAUGACCGCAGUGUGGAAGGUAACUGGGAGCCUGGGGACAUCAAGGCGGAUGAGGUAAUGGGUGCAGGGCCCUAGAUGCUAUGAACCGAGCAUUUCCAGCCAGAAAUCUGAUGGAUUUUUUUUCUAGGAGAGUUUAAGAAGUUAGUAGU